GGACCCUAUGUAUAAACCCUAAACAACACAACAGAGUCAGAGUCGCAUAAACCCUAGAAAGCAAAGAAGAAAAAUGGAGGCAGAGAUGGAAGUGAAAAACAAGAACAAUGUAAUGUGUUUGUUAUCCGACCCGGAAGGGAACCCACUCGGAGCCCCGAUGUACCUCCCCCAAGACGCGGGUCCCAAGGAGCUUCAAAUCACCGUCAAUCAGCUUCUUACCAAUGAGGAAAAAUUACCUUAUGCGUUCUAUAUAUCAGACCAGGAGCUUCUUGUGCAACUAGGGGAAUAUUUACAGAAAAAUAAAGUUUCUGUGGAGAAGGUACUCCCAAUAGUUUAUCAACCACAAUCAGUUUUCCGUAUUCGACCAGUUAACCGUUGCUCUGCAACAAUUUCUGGACACACAGAAGCUGUACUUUCUGUUGCGUUUAGUCCUGAUGGUCAACAACUGGCUAGUGGGUCAGGGGACACAACAGUUCGAUUGUGGGACUUGAACACUCAGACACCCAUGUUCAAUUGUACAGGGCACAAGAAUUGGGUUCUCUCUAUUGCAUGGUCACCGGAUGGUAAGCACCUUGUCAGUGGGAGUAAAGCCGGAGAACUUAUAUGUUGGGAUCCAAAGACUGGAAAGCCAUCAGGAAACUCACUUGUUGGUCAUAAGAAAUGGAUUACUGGUAUAUCCUGGGAACCAUUGCACCUACAGGCCCCAUGCCGUCGUUUUGUUAGUUCUAGUAAAGAUGGAGAUGCACGCAUAUGGGAUGUUACAUUGAGAAAAUCUGUUAUCUGCCUUAGUGGGCACACACUUGCAAUAACUUGUGUGAAAUGGGGUGGAGAUGGAGUCAUAUAUACAGGAUCGCAGGAUUGUACGAUUAAGGUAUGGGAAACUACACAGGGAAAGUUAAUCCGUGAACUGAAGGGCCAUGGGCACUGGGUCAAUUCACUGGCAUUGAGUACUGAAUAUGUUCUUCGAACCGGAGCUUUUGACCACACUCAUAAACAUUAUGCAUCUCCAGCAGAAAUGAAGGAGGCAGCUUUAAAACGUUACAUUAAAAUGAAAGGCAAUGCCCCUGAAAGAUUGGUUUCAGGCUCUGACGAUUUCACCAUGUUCCUCUGGGAACCUGCAGUUAGCAAACACCACAAAACUCGUAUGACAGGCCAUCAACAGAUCGUGAACCAUGUUUACUUUUCUCCUGAUGGGAAAUGGAUUGCAAGUGGUUCUUUUGACAAGUCUGUUAAGUUAUGGAAUGGUAUUACUGGUAAUUUUGUAGCAGCUUUCCGUGGCCAUGUUGGGCCUGUAUAUCAAAUAAGUUGGUCUGCUGAUAGUAGGCUUCUUUUAAGCUGUAGCAAAGACUCUACACUCAAGGUUUGGGAUAUCAGGACAAAAAAAUUGAAACAGGACCUUCCGGGCCAUGCAGACGAGGUUUUUGCCGUUGAUUGGAGUCCAGAUGGUGAGAAGGUGGCAUCUGGUGGCAGGGAUAGAGUUUUGAAGCUAUGGAUGGGAUGAUGAAAAAUUGGAAACUGCAGUGCCUGAUAGUGAAUGCUUAAGGUUCUUUCUUCUGUUGAAGCAUGGUGUUUGUUGUUCCUUCUAUCAAGGGGCGGCAGUUUGUAGUCAAGUUCAUGGUUGCAUAGGUACUAGCAUAGCUGGCAAGGCACUCUGACACGGCCAUAAAUCACAUGCCAUCAACUUGCUACCUGAAAGCUUUACCAAUGUGAUCAUAACAAUGCAUAUAAGAUAAUAGUCUAUGAAGGGUUAUACAGGGAAAUUUUAGGUCAGCAUAUUAUAGUUUGUUGGCUGAUUGGAUUCCUAAUUUACAUAGCAUAUCAGUUAAAUUAUAUUACAGCCAAAAACAACAUAUUCUUUUAGGUUUCCAUAUUGUUUGUCUCUGUAAUAUGCCCGCACGAUACUGAAUCAUGACAAAUGUUGAUGAUGAAAACUGGUUUUGUUUUUAGCUA